AUGGCUGGGCAUCAUUAUCACAAUUCCCAGAUUUCAAGAAUGGAUCGUACGAACCAGCCACGUAAUGAACCUCCGCCUUUUGGUCAAAAGUUAUUUAUGCAUCCUAGAGGUGAUGCACCUAAUGGAGCGGGACCAUCAGGUUAUGGGGUUACAACUGUGAGAUCUAAUGAACUUCCAUCCUCAAGCUACGCCGGUCAGUCUUAUGGUCAGCAGAUGGGAGCCCCUGGAACCUUGCAUGCUUCCCAUGCUGGUUAUCCUCCUGCUGGAAGCUCUAGUAGCAGCUAUGCACCAUACAAUACUCAACACGUGCCUUCUUUAAGCUAUCCGAAUAGAUCGGAGGAUAGUUUUAUUCCUGGAGUCCAUGUGGAUGACAGAAGGGUUGCACCGAAGCGGAGAAAUCCCAUCACUCAUCCUGUGGAUGGUGUAAGUGCUGGAGGCUAUUAUCCUGGCAGUUCUUCCAAUAAUCAGUUCUCUGGUUACGUGCCCCUGAAUCCUGUUCCUACUCGUGAAACUUGCCCUCCACAAAUAAGUUCAAACAUGGGUUCCAGCCACUGGAACAAUCAUCAGUUUCUUAAUCAUGAAGGAUCUCAGAGGAAUGUGAGGGGACGCCAUGAUCAUAGUUCUAUCCAUUCGGAAUAUAAUUCAUCUACAGCUUGCCCAUCAAGCAGUGUUCAUGUGCCACCAUACCAUCCAAAUGCAAAUGCUCCUUUUGGAAGUGCACCAGUACAGCGGGAAAGAGCUCCUUUAUCUCUACCUCCCAGAAUUGUUCCUCCAGGGACAGAUGGAAGCACUGGCAUAGCAUUCAGAGAGAGGCCAUUCUAUCCUGCUCCACAGAGCACCAACAUAAGUGCUCCUGUGCCAACACUUCCUGGUUCUUCUGACGUUGCACCAUUUGCUCACAUUGGAUACACUCCUAGACCAGUUCAUCACAACGCUGGCCACAAUUAUCCACCGCCAGCUUUUACAACUUCUUCCAACUCUGGAGCAGUUCGGUGUGAGCCUGCUAACCCUCGCUAUCAACCUUCCAUGACCAGCUAUCCUCCUGCUACUGCUGCAGCAUCAUCAAGUGUCCAGCCAUUACAUGCCGAAGCUGCUGCAUCUUUUAGACAGCCUAGGCACGUCUCUGUAGGGCAUGGUGGUAGUACAAGGAGUAGAAGGAUGAGGGAUUCCUAUCAUUGUUUUCAUCCUUUGAUGAUUGAGGAGAAUAACCUAGGAAGAUCGGCAGCUGAGCGUUUUAUGAUGCUGGACCAGUUGGUCAUCCAUGAGUCUAGAGAAGCAUUAGAUCCUCACUGGGACAUGAGACUGGACAUUGAUGACAUGAGCUAUGAGGAGCUCCUGGCGUUGGAAGAACGAAUUGGCAAUGUAAACACUGGCCUGGCUGACGAAAAAAUCUCAGGCUGCGUGAUGGAGCUAGCCUGUCGUAAUUCUGCCCGUACACAGAAUGAUCAAGACAAGGAAAGAUGCAUAAUUUGCCUGGAGGAAUACAAGCACAAGGACUCCCUUGGGAAGCUGAAAUGUGGGCAUGACUUCCAUGCGGGCUGCAUCAAGAAGUGGCUGGAGGUGAAGAACGCCUGCCCGGUUUGUAAAGCCGACGCCGCAAAUGAAACCACUUGA